AUGCCUGGUGAAAACAUUCUCGAGCCCCUCUUCAAAGAGAAGGUCGAGAGCAGCCCUCAGCCCAUACAGAAGCUGAAUAGAAGGUGUUCUGCCCAGUCGAAGAACACACGCACAGAUUUUGCAGUCUUGGCAGCCUCGAGUGCCUUAGGGCUUGCACAAACUAUUCCCAUUCCAGUCGGAAGUGAAAGUGCCUUCUGUGAGCCAGUUAAGGCCACGUCAACUCCCCACUCAUCCAUACGAAAAUCGAGCGCGCAAAUCGAGGACACACCAUCAACCAGAAGCAAUGCUGGUGGCGAGGUUGUUAGUGACGCCAGUUGCUGUCUCGUUGUGGACAAUGCAGAUGGCCUUAAUAGUGUGGGCACUGUCCUCGGCUAUUUUCGAGGCCAACAAAUUGAGAUCUGCACCUCGGCCCCAUUCACUCUCGACAACAUCGACGUUGAAUUUGAGGCGCUUUUGCUGGUCGAUCCACAGCAGACUGAACUGACCAAUUAG